AUGUUAGCGGUCGGGCAGAUGGAGGCUAACCGGCAGAGUGCUUUCGUCCUGGGCAGCACCCCGCUGGCGGCCCUGCACAACAUGACCGAGAUGAAGACGUCCCUGUUCCCGUACGCGCUGCAGCAGAGCCCGGCCGGCUUCAAGGCGCCGUCGCUCUCCAACCUCAACUCGCAGCUCUCCGGAGGGACCCCGCACGGAAUAAGCGACAUCCUGGGGAGACCCAUCACCACCGCCGGGCAGCUGCUGUCCGGCUUCCCGCGGAUAAACGGCCUGGCGACCACCGCGGCCGCUGCGGCGGCGGGGAUGUACUUCAGCCCGGCGGUGUCGCGGUACCCGAAGCCUCUGGCCGAGCUGCCGGGGAGGGCGCCCAUCUUCUGGCCCGGGGUGAUGCAGGGGUCUCCGUGGAGGGACCCGCGGGUUCCUUGUCCCACUCAGGCCAACCUGAUGGUGGACAAGGACGGAAAGAAGAAACACUCCAGACCCACUUUUUCAGGACAGCAGAUUUUUGCACUGGAAAAAACUUUCGAGCAGACGAAGUACCUGGCCGGCCCGGAGAGAGCCCGCCUGGCCUACUCUUUAGGAAUGACCGAGAGCCAAGUCAAGGUUUGGUUCCAGAACAGAAGAACCAAAUGGCGGAAGAGACACGCAGCAGAAAUGGCCUCGGCCAAGAAGAAGCACGACUCCGAGACGGAGAAAAUGAAGGAGAGCUCGGACAACGAGGACGACGACGAGUACAACAAACCACUGGACCCAAAUUCAGACGACGAGAAAAUCACGAGACUGUUGAAAAAGCACAAGGCCACCAACCUGGCGCUGAUCAGCCCCUGCAGUAACAGCUCGGACACCUUGUGA